AUGCUAAAAUAUAUUUCAGAACACGGUGAACUAGAAGUUUUGAAUAGUAUUUUAAAUGUUUUUAUAAGUAAAUCAGAAAAAGAAAAAUUCAUGUCUCAGAUAGAGGUUUUGGAAAAAGCAAACAAGAGUGACAAUGUUGUUGUAAAUUAUUUGUUGAAUCUACCAUCGAUUCGUGAUUCACUAUGGUUUGAAACAGGGGUGGCAAACCAGAAAAUUGCCACUGACUACGUCUAUCUGUACAAACACAAAAUGAUCAUGGGCUCCUGGGCCAUAGAGAAAAAUGAUACCGUAGACAGUAUCAUGUUAUCUAUAGAUAUAAUAAAGUAUGGGUACAAUUUGUUGACGAAUUUCGAACCAUCUCAAAUCACCGUAUAUCAAAGUACUAAAAAGUAUGUACAAGUUAACACCGUAUCUGACAUUGCAAAGCCAAUAUACCAUUGCAGCGAAUCGGUGUUUGAAAAUGGCUGGAAAAAGAUAAAAGAUUUAAAAUUAUUCGAGCAUUUCUUGGUUCAAAAUAACAUAAACAUUGUUCUUCUUGACGAGUUGCCCGAAGAUGUUAAAAUGCUUGUUAUUGCUUUGAUAUACUUCGCUCGUAAAAAGAUUUCAGAAAACAUUCAGGUAACGAAGGAGGUUUACUGUUUUAUUAUAUCAUAUGUGAUGUUAAAUGCAGUAUUUGAUGAACCACAAUCAGCUUCAGAGAUACGAAAUAGUAUUACUGAAAAGGAUUUUAACACUGCAAAGAAUAUCACGACAAAGGAAAAAAAAUAUUUUGUUUAUGAUAACGAUGAGGCCAAGAGAAUAUUUAAUGAAAAUACCUUAAAAACUUUGGCUGAAAUUCAAUAUUGUUUAUUGCACAUGAACUAUUUGAAUACAUUAUGUGGGUCACCGUUCAUGAAAACGAGAUUCCACAAAACGUUCAAUGGUACCUUUAUAUACAAACUGUUGAAGGAUAUGAACGGUCGCGAUGAAAAAGAGUUCAUCGGAGAACUGUUUAAAACAGCGCCAUCUGUUUUAACAUUUGUGAACAAGCUGAUAAGUACAUACGAGAAGCUUCUUUAA